AUCAGGCUACCAUGAACUGGGUUAGAAGCGAAAGCCGCACGGAAGCGAGACUUUAUGAAGAGUGAAUCUGCUUCGGUGGUUUGGGAGUGCCGAUAUCGUUGAAAAGCUUUCUACGACGUAUGUCAGAUUCCGGUGGUUGAAAGAUGCCUGUAGUAAAACGUUCUGUCGAACCAAUCUUUGUCAGUCGCGGAGAAAUUCCUCGUGAUGCAAAAAAUGGUCUUGAAGCUGUGGCUGUUAACACUUUGAGUGGUGUAAUCUACCAACUCAGCUCUUUGGCCUAUCAUGCCGAGAACAUCUUCGGUGAACUUUUUAAGGAAGCAACUGGGAUUUUCGAAAGAACCUGUAAUGCUCAAAAAAGGAUAGAUCAAUUGGCAAUUAAGGUUACUAAACUAGAUUCUGCUGAAGAGGAGAUCUCAUUGCAAGAUAUCAACUUGCAAAAGGCCUUUAAGAUGACAAUACACAAUGACAGCCAAGUCACAGCAAGAUCUACAAUGCCCGAUGCAAUGCUAGAGGUUUACAAUUGCAGUGAACCUGUUCCUGAUCUCAACGGCCUGAACAAGUUUAGAGAGGAUGGGAAGAUGUCUUUGAAGUUUUACACUGAUCCUACACACUUCUUUGAGCUCUGGAAAGAGAAAAUGGACAAGGAAUUAGAAACAAGAAAAAAGAGAAGAAAAAAAGGGAGAGUCAAGAAGCAGCGUGAUGAUGGUGGUAAAAGAGUCAAAGAUAUUCAGAAGAAACAGAACAAGAAUGUUCCAGAUUGGGAAAUCAGUGCAACAAAGAAGGUGACAACUGAGACACUAACAUCUUCGGAGAGAUCUAGACCACCGUCCACUGCAGCUUCACAACAGUAUGAUUACGACCAUUACCCUCCUCCCCCUUCUGAAUUGGCCCAUCAACCUUUGAGAACAUCAAGUGGAUCAUUUAUAGAAAGGCCCACAUCAGCCCCACCUCCUCCUCCACCCCCAGGAGUAGCAUCACCAAGUAGGUCUCCUGCUCCUCCUCCACCCCCUCUUUACCUUGGAGCUCCAGGUGCAUCUCCACAACCACAGCCCAAUAUUCCACCGCCACCACCUCCCCCUCAAAUGAUGUCAAAUGAUCCAGGAUUUCCACCACCCCCACCUCAACAACUUUCAGGACCCCCACCACCACCUCCGCUGCCUGCUGCUAGUAAUGCUCCACCACCACCACCCCCUCCACCAAUACCAGGUGCACCACCUCCGCCUCCUCUCCCAUCCGGAGUACCAGCUCCACCCCCUCCUCCUCCUGGUGGUGGAAUGCCACCUCCACCGCCACAGCAGUCAAUGGGCCUUGUUAUUCCUAAAGAACCAAAGCUCAAGCCAACUCCGCCACCUGAACCAGUUGAAGAUUCCAGAAAUGCUCUUUUGGAUGCUAUUAAAAAAGGUAUGGAAUUGAAAAAGGUACAGGAAAGAAAACUGAAUGAGAAGAAAGAGGAUAAGCAAGUGAUGGACGUUGCAUCAAUCUUGGCCAGAAGAAUCGCCGUGGAACUGAGUGACAGUGAAGACGAGGAUGAUUGGGAAGAUGGUUCAGACUCAUGGUCGGAUGAUGAUUAAAAUUAUCCUCAUUGGACUCAUGAUAGAGCGCUUUUACUAUUUUAUAUCAACGAUGAAAGCCGUAUGAUUCUGUUACUUUUUUUUAUAAUUCAAAAUUUUUAUAGCAUAAGGUGAUAAUUUAUAGCAAACAGUGCUGUAUAUUUUUUGAUGAUAACCCUUGUCGGUGUGUGUGCCUCCUAAUUGUAAA